CUAUUCGGCAUGUUCCGCUAUUGUUGUUCAAGCGAGGCAGCCUGCGUACUUCAUCGUGACCGCUUUCGAACCUCGGGCUCGGUCAAUUUCUGCUCGUUCGGGAAGACGCCAAGCCAAGAACAAGGUUUCACCCGCGUGGCGCUGGCUGCAGCCACCUCGGCUAUGUCGUGCCUGUGAUUCGGCUGCUAGGCCAUGCCAGGCUCCAUUUCCCAUAUAUACCGAGAGUGGGGGACGGGAUGCCCCUUUCCCUUGCUAUCGAAGUCUCAUCAUCAAAUUACCUGCGAUAUCGAGAGUCUGACGCAGAAGAUGCUCAUCCCCUUCGCGGUUCUCUUGUCGGGCAUCGCCACAACAGUCUCUGCUCGUCGACAUGCAUCAAGUAGCGAGAAAACGUUCGACUGUUAUCCCGCAGGAUGGGUCAGGGCGCCUGAUCUCUACCCAGGUCUCUCCACUCCGGCCGAUGCUCGAUUGUACCUCAACGGGACUGAAUGCAACCAGAUCGUUAAAUGGGAAGUCGGUUUACGUCUCAAAGAGCGAGCCAUUCUGAAAUUCGCGGCUAGCAACGUGACCUUGCCCGAGCGUCCUGUAUGGAACGAAUCAUUCAUCGUACGAGGCGCGGACCAAAACUCGGAAGACGAACCUGGUCUCGCCCCUAUACUGGAGGGAGGCUGGCAUAGCACUAAGGGGGCGGAAGACCCAUAUCAUAAGCUCAUGGAGGAGUACGAGGAAAAGCGCAAAGACAAGAAUCUCUGGAUCAUUCGUGCUGUCGAAAGGGACAUAUUCGACUACAAACUGGAACUCCAGCUGCAUGACGGCUCCGAAAAUACAUCGACCGUGAAUGAUUUCGACUUCUACGCAGUGCGACAAUUUAACGUCCAUGUACCUCUGACCAACUACCCUCCCCAAUUCGGAGAUGGCGUGAUUUCAUACAGCUUCGGCGACGACGAUGUAUCCGAGGUGGAAGGGAUGUUUGAGUAUUACUUCAGUCUGACAAAGGCAGAUGGAGACAUUAUAGACGUCAUUGCUGGUCAGAGCGGCUUCUUGCCAGGUGGUCAUGCACAGACCGCUUCCUCUGACUUGCAGAAGGAAGUGACAUUGGCUCGACCAGACAACUUGAAACCGGCUGGGGCACCUGACCAUUAUGAUAUUGGGCCAUGGCUUCCCGCUUGUGAUGAAGGCAGCGACGCCAACUUCACUGUCAGCCUGUCUAUCCCUAAUCAAGGACAAUUGGUUUCGAAUACUGCGUAUCCUGUACAAGUCACCAUCGACAAGGUUGGAAACGGCACUGAAUAUCCGGUAUACGUCAAGCUUGAAUUGGCUUCUUGCCGAAAUGAUACUUGGGCAAUGGGAUACGCUCGAAACGGAUCUCAACAGGCGGUUGCAGACAGUUGCUCAUCUAUCUCUGAGUACGGCGAGCUUACACGAUUCAGCCUGCCUAAUGGCCGUGGCCUAGUGCGUCGGCAACAACCUAUGGAUCAGAUCUGCGGGCCAGAUCCGGAGAGGCAUGCAGAGGAUGAAAGCGAGGAGGAAAGUUUCAUGAUGAGGCGUUCGAUGUGGCGCAUGGCGCAUGGCCGUGAGAAGUCCGGUGGAAAGAAGCUCGAGAGGGACUCCUGGCAUCUUCCGCUAGAUCUAGACCUUGCCGUUCGACCUUUUUCGAUCUGAACAACCUGAUUAGAGUGCAACUCUUCACCCAAUUCUCCUGUGAAGAAGAGUCGGCUGGAUCUUCGACCACACCCGUAUCCGACUUGACCGACGACGAUGCAUGGGCAGGAGAGUACCGACCCAGACGGCCGAAGGCGAGGGGAUACCGCCGCACCCACUAUGGUGUUAUCCCGGUCACCGU